UCCUUAUAAAAGAAGGGUCUGCACAUUCAGAAGUUGUUAUUACAGUGAGAUAAGAGUGUUCCUUCAGCAACCCUUCUGACACUUUGUUCGUUUUCCUGUUCUUCCUCACUCUAAUUUUCUCCAAAUAAGUCAGAUACACAGUUUAAUGAUGGAGAAAACGAACUCCGCAAGCAGUCUGAUAAGAACUAAAUCGGUGGAGACAAUACUGAAGUCGCCGGUAUCAUCCGCCGAGGCGGCGGAGAGCAGCGGCGGUCUCUCUCGGAAGUCCAGCCGGCGGCUGGCUGCUGCGUCGCCGGGACGAAGCAGCAGUGGUAAUGGCAACAAGACGCACAUUCGGAAGUCGAGAAGUGCGCAGAUGAAGUUCGAGCUGGAUGAUUUAGGCAGCGGCGCAGCCUUGAGCCGAGCCUCCAGCGCCAGCUUAGGAUUCUCGUUCUCCUUCACCGGCUUCACCAUGCCGCCGGAUGAGAUUGCUGAUACGAAGCCGUUUAGCGAUGACGAUAUUGCAGCUGAAGAUCUUGAGGCAGGCAUCAGUAAGAAGAAACUUCAGACAGAACCCACCUUGCCAAUUUAUCUAAAGUUCACUGACGUGACAUACAAGGUGGUUCUCAAAGGCAUGACUUCGACAGUGGAGAAGGACAUUUUAAAUGGAAUUACUGGUUCAGUUAGUCCAGGUGAAGUUCUAGCACUGAUGGGACCAUCAGGAAGUGGAAAGACUACGCUGCUGAGUCUGCUGGGAGGGAGAGUAAGAGAAUCCACUUAUGGUGGCUCCAUAACUUAUAAUGACCAAUCGUAUUCGAAGUCCCUAAAAAGCAGGAUAGGAUUUGUGACACAAGACGAUGUUCUUUUUCCUCACCUUACAGUGAAAGAAACGCUCACAUACGCAGCUCGCCUGCGACUUCCAAGGACAUUAACAAAAGAGGAAAAGGAUCAAAGAGCCUCAGAUAUUAUAUACGAGCUGGGACUAGAGAGGUGCCGAGACACCAUGAUUGGUGGUUCCUUCGUUCGGGGAGUUUCAGGUGGAGAGAGGAAGCGUGUGUGUAUUGGGAAUGAGAUAAUAGUAAAUCCAUCCCUCUUGUUCCUCGAUGAACCAACAUCUGGCCUGGAUUCUACCAUUGCUUUGAGGAUAUUGGAAACUUUACAUGGCAUAGCUGAGGCUGGCAAAACAGUGAUCACCACAAUUCACCAGCCAUCAAGCAGGCUCUUUCUCAAAUUUGACAAGUUGAUCCUUCUUGGCAAAGGGAGCUUGCUUUAUUUUGGAAAGGCGGCAGAAGCAAUGGUUUACUUUUCAUCCGUCGGAUGUUCACCUCUAAUAGCAAUGAACCCUGCAGAAUUCAUGCUUGACCUAGCAAAUGGAAAUGUAACAGAUAUUUCUGUGCCAUCAGAACUAGAGGACAGAGUGCAAACGGAAAACUCUGAGGACGAAAUAAAGAAUGGAAAAAUGGAUCCGGCAGUUGUGCACGAGCAGUAUCUUGUUGAGGCCUAUGAGACACGAGUUGCAGAAAAUGAGAAGAGGAAAAUUAGGAGCCCAGUACCCAUUGAUGAAGAAAUAAAGUCUAAAGUAUGUUCUGCCAAGAGGGAAUGGGGAGCAAGCUGGUUAGAACAAUAUUCCAUAUUAUUCUGGAGAGGACUUAAAGAAAGGAAGCAUGACUAUUUUAGCUGGUUGAGGAUCACACAAGUUCUUGCAACUGCAACUAUUCUGGGAUUACUAUGGUGGCAAUCUGGUAGUGAUGAUCCGCAAAAACUACAAGAUCAGGCAGGGUUACUGUUCUUCAUUUCUGUGUUCUGGGGUUUUUUUCCAGUCUUCACGGCUGUCUUUACAUUUCCCCAAGAAAGAGCCAUGCUCAGCAAGGAACGAGCGGUUGACAUGUACAGGUUAAGCGCAUAUUUUGUGGCUAGAACUACAAGCGAUCUUCCACUUGACCUAAUAUUGCCAGUACUUUUUCUUCUAGUUGUAUAUUUUAUGGCAGGCUUAAGAACGACCGUUGGUUCCUUUUUCCUCACUGUGGUGACAGUGUUUCUGUGCAUUAUAGCUGCUCAGGGACUUGGGCUGGCUAUUGGUGCUACACUGAUGGAUUUGAAGAGGGCAACCACUCUGGCCUCUGUGACAGUAAUGACCUUCAUGCUGGCUGGGGGAUACUUUGUGAAGGAUGUCCCGACAUUCAUAUCAUGGCUUCGAUACCUCUCCUUUAACUAUCACACCUACAAACUUCUCCUCAAAGUUCAGUAUGAACACAUAACUCACUCGAUUAAUGGGGUCAGUAUAGACAAAGGCUAUAAGGAAGUGGGAGUGCUGGCAACGAUGGUGGUUGGGUACAGGCUACUGGCAUACCUAUCUUUGCGAAGGAUGAAGCUCCACCCAGGAGCUUAAACCUCGCAGAAGCCAUAUUGGAGCGAUUACACAAAAACCAAGCUUCAGCUUUCAAGAUUUCUAUGCUUCCCACGUCAAGAGGCUUGGAAGGGAACUGAAUCAAACAUCUACCAUAAGUAUUAAGACUUUUGGCAUCCAAGAGAGUUGUAAAUCCAUAAUUCAGCCAAGAUCAAGCUUCAUUUCGUGGAGUUGUGUUAAGAUACUUCUUCACCAUUUUAUUAAAAAUCAUGCUUGCAAAAAGUUCUGGAAAAUGCAGGCAGCGUUGCUGAACAUCAAGUUUUUCCUCCUCUUUCUCAAGAUCUUUGUGCAACAAGACCCUCA